AUGUGGCUGUUCCCAAGCAGCUCUCUCUUCCCACCCCCCACCAAGGCUUGGCUGCAGAAAGCCACCUCAGACCCCGAGGCCCAGGGCUGGGGGGCCUGGAGCGGAAAGCCCUGUCUGCAGCCGGGGCCUGAGAAGGAGGAGGAGGAAGUGGAAGAAGACGCCAGCUUACUUCUUUCUCUCCUGGAGAGGGAAAACCUGGAUGAAUACCAGACAGGGGACCAGGUACCAGCAGAGUCCCUGGCCCCCUCCUACUGCCUGGGCGGGGUGGCAGAGGGGGAGCUGGAGGCCAUCAGAGGGAUACUGUGGGUCAUGGAGCAGGCCGGAGAGCUACCAGGCAUGUCCACUGUGCAGGGGGCCACCCCGGGACAGGAGGGCACUUCAGAAACCCAGUUGGUCAGACGGUUGCUGAGUCAUGAGACAGGUCCACUCUUCCUGAGGAGCCCACAGAAGACAGAGGCUGACCACAGAUCUGUCUACGUGGGCAAUGUGGACUACGGGGCCUCGGCCGAGGAGCUGGGGGCUUACUUCAACCCCUGUGGGGAGAUCCACCGCGUCACCAUCCUGUGUGAUAAGUUCUCCAGACACCCCAAGGGCUAUGCCUACAUCGAGUUUACUGCUGCGAGCUCAGCCCAGGCUGCGGUGAAGCUGCACGAGAGUGUCUUCCGGCAACGAGUUAUCAAAGUUUGUCCCAAAAGGACCAAUUUCCCAGGAAUCAGCUCCACAGAUCGAGGAGGCCUGCGGGGGCGCCUGAGUGCCAGGGAGGGGCCAUUCCAGCGCAGCCUCCAGGGCAGGCCCAGGUCCAGAGCUAGAGAGGCCAACCGGGGCGAAAGCACAGCUAUGGUGCCCAGUCCGUCUAGGGCUCAGGAAGGGGGUCCUUCAGUCCUGCCCAGCUCUGCUCAGGAAGCCAGUGAAGGUGGCAGCCAAUGGCACAGUGCUGCCUGCAGCCCUCGUGUGGGCAUGCCCACCAAGGCAAGUGACUUCCUACAGUGUGUUCCCCUGCCUCUGUCCCCAUCCCUCUACUGA